GACAUUUUAUCCCCCAGUUUCUGCUUUUUCCCCACAGGUAUGGUUACUUUGGUCGGGUCAAACCUGAGGUGGUUAAGCUGAUGUUCUGCUGUGUUUCUGGAUGUUUAACGGAUGGAAGGAUCUACCUGUCUGCAUCUGGAGAGGAGAUGGUGUCUGUCAACACUAAAGAUACCAUGGGCAUCCGUAUGCUGCAAAGAGAAGAUGUAGAGGUAGUGCUCUUGACUUCCAGCGAGGACCCUGUGGCCCAGUCGGUGACUGACAAACUGAAAAAGAGGAUGGGCUGUGAGGUGGUACUGGUGGGCCAGGAGCCGCUGAGUGACUUGAAGUCGAUGGUGAAGCAGAGGAAUUUGGAAUGGAAGGACGUGGCAUACAUGGGUAAUGAUAAAGCCGACGUCAACUGUCUGAACCGGGCAGGUCUGAGUGCAGUACCUGGAGUGCUCCUGUGGUAGCCAUUAAUGCUGCAAAAUACACCUGCCACAGUGUUGGAGGAAAGGGAGCUGUUAGGGAGUUUGCAGAGCACAUUCUCCUGCAGAAAGAAAAGGCGAAGUCUCAGAUGGAGCAGGAUCGCAUUGACCGCAGCAGCUCCUAGAUACAUUAAACACGACUUGGAAAUUUUCAAAAUUUGGCACAUUUCAUGGACAAUUACUAGAAAUGACUGUCAGUGGGUUCAGGUUUUAAUAAUUAUAGAAGUGAUUGUAUAUCUAAAUAAAGUUCAUCUAACAUCCCUCCAUGCUUCUUGUACAAAGAAUUCUCCAUCUGUUCUCCUGCUAAGAUCCAACCCAAACCUGUGCACGCUUGGUCCCGGUGUCAAGCUCGUUUAAAAGGGGAGGACUUGUAUGAAUGAAUGGGGAUUUCUUUGUACAGAAAUCAAGGAGGGACGCAAGAUGAACUUAAGUUAGAUAUUUCAAUUCAAUAAAUAUUAAACCUUCUUAGAAAAUCUGCAAAAUUGGGGUGUGACUUCAUAUAAUAACCUGGAUUUGCACUUUACUCGGUCAGUGAAGUAAUAAACUGAAUUGCUCUGUGUUUGAUUGGGUGUGAUAAAGUAAUACCUGUAUAUAGCACUUAUCCAUUUCCUCAUGGAUGACUUUUAACUGCAGUGUUGAAAUGUUCAUUGUUUGGGUUCAGUUGUUUUAUUGAAUUGUCUCAAGUGAUUUUGUUCUGAUUACUUACAGUAUUUAAUGUUCAGCAUGGGGUCAUUUUGACAAAUGAAAAAGAUAAAGUGAAUACUGGUGUGAUGACCAGCGGCCCGUCAUUCUUCCCUGAUUUAUUAGUACAAGGGCUGAAGAAAGGGUAGAUAUGCUGAGUGAAAGUGUCGUUGAAAGUGUAGAUGUGGAUUUUAGCAUCAACAUUGUAGAAGGAUACCUG